AUGUUCGGGAUCCAGGAGCAUCUGAUAAGAGAAGUGAGCGGAUUAAAAGAGCGAAGUCUUGAAGAGAUGGAUCCAGUCCGGUCUUGGGUGCGUAAUGUCGGCGUUGUGGAUGCGAACGUAGCGGCGCAAAGUGGAGUGGCUUUGUCAAGAGCUCACUUUGAGAAGCAGCCGCCCUCAAAUCUUCGCAAGUCCAACUUCUUCCACUUCGUCCUGGCGCUCUAUGACAGACAUGGCCAACCUGUGGAGGUGGAGAGGACUGCGUUUGUGGACUUUGUUGAGCAUGACAAGACGGGAGAAAAGACCAACAACGGCACCCACUACAAGCUGCAGCUCCUCUACAGCAACGGUGUUCGUACAGAGCAGGAUCUUUAUGCACGACUUAUCGACUCCGUCAAUAAACAGCCCAUUGCGUAUGAGGGCCAAAACAAGAAUCCAGAAAUGUGCAGAGUUCUGCUCACACAUGAGGUUAUGUGCAGCCGCUGUUGUGAGAAGAAAAGUUGCGGCAACCGAAACGAGACGCCCUCUGACCCAGUCAUCAUUGACAGGUUUUUCUUGAAGUUUUUCCUGAAGUGUAACCAGAAUUGUCUGAAGACAGCAGGAAACCCGAGGGAUAUGAGGAGAUUUCAGGUGGUCUUGUCCAGCACUGUGAGCGUAGACGGCCACGUCCUAGCAGUGUCUGACAACAUGUUCGUCCACAACAACUCAAAACACGGUCGGAGAGCUCGCAGACUGGAGCCUGGAGAGUCUGUAGAGAAUAGUAUGGAAUAUGCCACCCCGUGUAUCAAAGCCAUCAGCCCCAGUGAGGGCUGGACCACCGGAGGGGCUAUGGUCAUCGUCAUCGGGGAGAACUUCUUUGACGGGCUGCAGGUGGUGUUUGGCAGCAUGCUGGUGUGGAGUGAGCUGAUCACACCGCACGCUAUCCGCGUCCAGACACCUCCUCGACACAUCCCUGGGGUCGUGGAGGUCACAUUGUCUUAUAAAUCUAAACAAUUCUGCAAGGGAGCACCAGGACGCUUCAUCUACACAGCCCUAAAUGAGCCAACUAUAGACUAUGGUUUCCAGCGCCUUCAAAAGGUGAUUCCUCGACAUCCUGGUGACCCAGAGAAACUUGCCAAGGAGAUCCUCCUGAAGAGAGCGGCAGAUCUUGUGGAGGCCCUGUAUGGAAAUCCACACAGUAAUCAGGACAUGCUGCUGAAACGUGCGGCCGACAUAGCCGAGGCGCUCUACAGUGUUCCCCGUCCUCACAGUCAGUUGCAGGCACUGCCCAGCUCACCAGCCCAUGGCAGUGUCAUGGGCCUGGGCUCCUAUCCUUCUCAAUUAGGCGUAAGCAUCGGGGAGCCUGGACAGAGCAGCCAAGGUUACAUUCGAAAUUCCAGCAGUUUGUCUCCAAGGGGUUACCCGUCAGCCUCCACUCCUCAGCAGUCAAGCUACGGGGGCAGCGCAGGGAUGGCCGGAGGCUAUGGGACAGUUCCCAUGACCAGUCUAGGAGUACCUGGCUCUCCUGGUUUCAGCAGUGCCUCCCCCACGGGCUCUCCCUACAUAAUGCCCUCCAGCCCCACUAUACCGGGAAGCUCCAGCUCUUCAUCGUCUCUCUUGCCUUUCUCUUCCUUCCCGUCUGCUGCUAAACAGAAGAGUGCUUUUGCUCCUGUCCUCAGGCCCCAGGGCUCUCCCUCCCCUGCAUGCCCCGGCUCAGGGGGGAACAGCUUCAGAGCGAUGACGGGCCUGGUUGUUCCCCCGAUGUAGCAAAGCACCCACCCCCAAUCUACCCCAGACCACUGCUUCACUUAGCCCCUCUUUUGGAGUUAAGAGGGCAGGGAUAACGGAAAAUCGAUCACUAGCGACCAUGUAUAACUUUCCAUCCUGAGCCACCCGCCAUUUCUUAGUCCCUUUGUCAUCCAAGUGGAUGAACAACAUGAUGGGGUAUGAAAAUGUCCAAAGACCAGCCAUCUACUCCAGAGGCAGAGCAGAUUACUUCACCCACAACUACAGACAGACAAUUUUCCUUAGCUAACAGCACCAGACUGGACCAUAAACCGCUGUACAUGUCAUGAAGUGUCUGCACUUUGAAAGGCAACAAAAGGAAAACUGGUCAUAAUUUGACCCCAAGCUUCAAAAGCAUCUGUAUUUACCUCUGGCCUACUAUCACAUGCAGUAUCUGGUUCUUCCAACUCCUGCCCAAACCAUGGCCAGAGACAUACAGGACGCGUCGUUGGAUGACGGACAACUCUGAUGUAAUGUUGCAGCAAGAAGCAGGGUGCUAUUUGUUUGUGUAUGGACACCUUAAAUGGCAUGUGUGUACGCUGUCUGUGAGUUAGCGAGAGAUUUUUUUGUAGUAGACUUUUUUGAAGACAAUUUACAUUCCAGAAAAAUAGACAGUUUAUUUUUUGUUCUGAUCUCUACGGUUUUACAAGGGAGAACUCUUUGUCUUAAGGGUUAUUACUAAAGGAAUUCAUAUAUUGAUUUAUUUAAGAACAAGCAAUUUAACUUAUUAUAGUUAGUUUAGGGAAUAAUAUAAACAUGUUUUUAU